AUGGACAGAAGUUGGAUGAAAAAACCUCGACAUACAAAAGAGUAUGUCGAUGGUGUCAAUGAGUUUUUGAAGUUUGCAUGCCAGAAUUGUGCUACAGAUUCGUCGAUAACUUGCCCAUAUAGAAAAUGUGGAUUACGUAAGAUGUUCAUGCCCAACAUGGUAUAUGAUCAUUUGAUUAGCUAUGGAAUUUCUCAAGGUUACACCAUUUGGCAUGCUCAUGGGGAGAGAAUAGGGGAGGCAUCUUACCAUGCUACUGAUGCCCAAAAUAAUAAUGAGCAAAUAAAUGAAGGCUUUGGUGGGAUGACAACCAUGUUACAUGACAUUUUCCCCAUGUUUGAUCCUGAAAUAGUGGAGGGUGGGCUUGAAAUAGGUGUGGAUGUUGGAAAGGCUGGAGUGCAAAAUGAAAAUCGACAAGAUGCUGAUGAGCCAUUAUAUGAAGGGUGCACAAAACAUACUAAGUUUAGUUCUAUUGUACAUCUCUGGAAUAUGAAGUAUUUGGGUGGAUUGAGUAAUAGCAUAUUCACAGAACUCCUUGAAUUUGUGAAUGAGUUGCUCCCACCAGGAGCAUCAUUUCCUAAAAAUACGUACGAGGCGAAGAAUUACAUGAAUGAGUUAGGUCUUGGAUACCAGAAGAUCUUAGUAUGUCCCAAUGGUUGUAUGUUAUUUUGGAAGGACAGUGAGAAUUUGGAAACAUGCGUGGUAUGCGGAGCAUCAAAAUGGAAGCAAAAAGAGUUUAUGGAUGAUAGGUCUAGAAAAGGCCGCAGUAAUGAUGGGAUACUAAGGCAUCCAGCAGAUGGCAUGGCUUGGAAGACGUUUGAUUCACAACAUGAUGAUUUUGCCUUUGACCCCCGCAAUGUUAGGCAUGGUUUAUCUGCAGAUGGCUUUAAUCCUUUUGGAAACAUGAGCAUUUCCUAUAGUACCUGGCUGGUUAUGUUGGUACCUUACAAUUUACCUCCUUGGAUGUGCAUGAAACGAUCAAGUUUCAUGCUAUCAUUGAUUAUACUGGGACCAUCAUCCCCUUCAAUGACUAUAGAUGUAUACUUAGAGCCUCUAAUAUCAGAAUUAAAGGAAUUAUGGGAGGUUGGAGCACCGACCUAUGAUGUUUGCUCCAAAGAGAUCUUUACAAUGAGGGCGGUUUUAAUGUGGAUGAUAAAUGAUUUUCUUGCGUAUGGUGAUUUGUCUGGGUGGAGUACGAAAGGUCGUUUAGCAUGUCCUUGUUGUAUGGGUAACACACGAUCUAGAUGGCUGAAACAUGGAAAAAAGUUUUCCUAUAUGGGGCAUAGACGAUUCUUGCCAAGUGAUCAUAGGUGGAGAAUGAUGGCAAAAACAUUUGAUGGGACACAAGAAAUUGAUCCUUCACCUACUAUGCCAACACCUGAUGAAGUAAUGAAAAUGGAUGAUAAUGGAAGAAGUGAAUUGGACCAUAAAGUCGUAAUGCAUUAUAAAGGUCCCAUGCAAGUUGCCAAAGAAUUUAAGCAAAUUGUCAUUAAUGGCACAAAAUUUCGCACUAAAACUCAUGAAAAUGGGAAGAAAACUCAUAAUUGUGGUGUUAGUGUAUGUACUGAUCAAGAUGGCCAUGCCUGGUAUGGCCAAGUAAUACGCAUAACUGAGGUUAUGUAUUAUGAUGGGUCCCGAUAUGUGUUAUUCAAAUGUGGUUGGGCAGACGUUGCUCGAGGUAGAGGUUUGAAGGUGGACGAGUUUGGCUUUACUCUUGUUGUGGUUGUUAAGACAAAACCAAGAGAUGUGUAUGACACUGGUGAAGAGGAAGUGACUGACGAUGAUGAGGAUGAAUAUUUAGUCAACGAAUAUUGUAUUAACACUUCUAACCAUGAACCUAUUGAACCCGGUAUUGACGAUGUUGUGUGGAAACGAACUGAUAUAGAUGGAAUGACGAUCGAAACUCCCUAA